AUGUCCAGGCUACUGCGCCCAGGUCUUGUCCGGACGGCUGCCAUCACAGCCGGCGUGGGCACUGCUACCGGUGGACUCAUCUGGUACACGUACCGGCCACGAAACAUCCCCGGCUAUGCGCCGCCGGCCGUGCCUCCCCCCAAGUUCGGGGCCGAUGGCAAUUUCCGGCUGCCGCGGUUUCCGCGCACAAAGGACCGCGACGAGAACAUUGCAGCGCUCCGGCAGAGCAGCACGGCCGACGGGACGGAGUACGACAUGCUCGUAAUCGGCUGCGGAGCCACGGGUGCGGGUGUGGCCCUGGAUGCAGCCACACGGGGCCUGCGGGUGGCCGUGGUCGAGCGUGACGACUACAGCAGCGGCACCAGCAGCAAGAGCACCAAGCUGGUGCAUGGCGGCGUGCGAUACCUGGAGAAGGCGGUCUGGAAUCUAGACUAUGCACAGUACCGGCUGGUGCGCGAGGCGCUGAAGGAGCGCAAGUGCUUCUUGCAGACGGCACCGCACCUCAGCAUGUGGCUGCCGAUCAUGUUGCCGCUGGACAGGUGGUGGAAGGUGCCGUACUACUGGAUGGGCACCAAGUGCUACGAUUUUCUAGCCGGAAGCGAGGGCAUCGAGAGCUCGUACUUUCUGACCAAGUCCAAGGCCGUCGACGCCUUCCCAAUGCUGAAGCAGGACGGCCUGGUGGGCGCGCUGGUGUACUACGACGGCGCGCACAACGACUCGCGCAUGAACGUGUCGAUCGCCAUGACGGCGGCGCUGUACGGAGCAACGGUGGUCAACCACAUGGAGGUGACGUCGCUGACAAAGGACGAGGCCGGCCGUCUGACGGGGGCGCGAGCACGUGACUGCGUGCCUGCGCGGAACAACAAGAACGCGGACGAGGUGACGAUCCGGGCACGAUGCGUGGUCAACUGCACCGGUCCCUUUACGGACGGGAUCCGCAAGAUGGACGACCCGGGCUGCACGGACAUUGUGGCGCCGGCUUCGGGCGUGCACAUCAUCCUGCCCGGCUACUACAGCCCGGGCAAGAUGGGCCUGAUCGACCCGUCCACGUCGGACGGGCGCGUCAUCUUCUUCCUGCCGUGGCAGGGCAACACGAUCGCCGGGACGACGGACGAGCCGGCAGUGAUCAGCAAGAAUCCGCUGCCAGACGAGAAGUCGAUCCAGUGGAUCCUCGGCGAAAUCAGCCAUUACCUGUCGCCCGACAUCCAGGUGCGGCGCGGUGACGUGCUGGCGGCCUGGUCCGGGCUUCGGCCGCUGGUGCGAGACCCCAAGGCCACGCGGACGGAAGCGCUGGUGCGCAACCACCUAGUCGACGUGUCGGCGUCGGGACUGCUGACCUGUGCCGGCGGCAAGUGGACGACGUACCGCCAGAUGGCCGAGGAGUGUGUGGACGCGGCCGUGCGGACAUUUGGGCUGCAGACGCGGCCGCUGUCGAGAUUGAUGUCGAAGAUGCCUCGCAUCAGCGGCAGCGACGACGUGCGGCUCGUCGGCGCUCACGGCUUCAGCCGCACCCUCUUCAUCAACCUGAUCCAGCACUUUGGUCUGGAGACCGAUGUGGCCCGCCAUCUGACCGAGAGCUACGGCGAUCGUGCCUGGACGGUCGGCGCGCUCUGUCGGCCGACCGACCGCCGCUUUCCGGCGCGCGGCGACCGCCUCUCGCAGCUGUACCCCUUUGUCGACGGCGAGGUGCGCUAUGCCGUGCUGCACGAACACGCCCAGACCGCCGUCGACGUGCUCGCACGCCGCACCCGUCUGGCCUUUCUGAACGCACAGGCCGCUCUCGAGGCGCUGCCACGCGUCAUCGACAUCAUGGCACAGGAGCUUCGCUGGGACCGGAGACGACAGGACGUUGAGUGGAAAGAUACCGUUGCCUUCCUCGAGUCCAUGGGCCUGCCACAGCCCAUGCUGACGGCUACGAGAGCCCAGGUCGAGUCGGGAAAGCUCGACUUUUCCACGUCGCUCGAGUACAAGAUGUACUCGCGACACGACAUGCCGGUAGAUGAGUCCUCGUGA